AGACUGUCAUGAUGCUGUGACCUGUUUUUGUUUUAAAAAGUAAAACACAAGUGAACGAAGGCUGAGAUGUCAAGACAUGAAGGUGUCAGCUGUGACGCGUGUCUGCGGAGUAACUUCCGCGGCCGGCGCUACAAGUGCCUGGUCUGCUACGACUAUGACCUGUGCGCCACGUGCCACGAGGCGGGCGCCACGACCACGCGCCACACGGCCGAGCACCCGAUGCAGUGCAUCCUGACCCGAACGGACGCCGAGCUGUUUUACGGCGGCGAGGCGGUGCCGGCCGACCAGCCGCAGUCGCUCGUCUGCCCCCACUGCGGCCGACUCGGGCUCACGGAGCACGCGCUGAUCGAGCACGUGACGGCCGAGCACGCGCACACGGCCGCCCAGGUGGUGUGCCCCGUGUGCGCGGCGGUACCGCUCGGUGAGCCCAACCACGUGACGGAGCACCUGGCGGCCCACCUGAGCGCCGAGCACCGCGGCGGCGGCGGCGGCGGCCGCGCGCGCCUGCCCGUCGCCUUCGACGAGGAGCCGCUGUCGGCGGCGCGGCCGGCCGGCCGGCGGCCGCCGCACCCCAGUCGGCCCGGCGCCGGCACACGCACCCGCCGCUUCAACAACAUGCACUUCAGGGAGUCGAUGGAUCCAAUCACGGAGCUGUUGUCGCAGCUGUCUGGCGCGCGCCGCACGCCGGCGUCGGCCUCCUCGGGCGCCUCGAGCUCCGCCAGCUCGUCGAGCGCCGCCUCCCAGUUGCAGCAGCUGCAGAUGCACCUGCAGCUGGAGCGACAGCAGUAUGCCCAGGUGGUGCGUCAGCACUCUGAGCGCACUCCGCGGCGGCAGACGGCCAGCGCAGCCGCCACGCCGGCCGCCCCAGACGCCGCCGGCGCCGCCGACCCGCCGGCCGCGGGCGCCGAGCACACGACCGAGUCGGCCGCCGCGGCGCCGGCCGGCCCCCAGUUCCUGCUGUCCGGACUGCGGGAGGAAGAGGAGCUCGCCGUGGACGCCGCGCAGCGCCUCUCGGACCGCAUCGACCGCAGUCUGUUUUCACAGGAGGUGGUGCUCUCGACGCUGAGCAGGGAGCUGGCCGAGUGUGACGUCCAGGGCGGCCCGGCGCCCGGUGCCGGUGUCGGCCGGCCGGCCCCGGCCAGCCGCGGUGCCCGCUCGCCGCGCCCGCCGCCCGCCGCGGCGCCGGAGCGCCGCAAGCCGCCGGUGCUGGACGGCCGGCCGCCGCCCACCCCGCGCUGA